GGCUGACUUCUUAUAAGUGUAUUUCUUUAACCAAUAGUCGAUGCCUCCUGGAAGCCUUGAGUAUGCUGGAAACUGAAACUCUCACUUCCAGCUUGGAGAUGGAGUGCCCCAAUCGAACCAUUGCUCAGGAGUUUAUCUUCUCUGCUUUCCCUUAUUCCUGGAUUAAGUCUGUCGUGUGCUUUGUUCCACUGCUCUUCAUCUAUGCUUUCAUUGUUGUUGGAAACCUGAUCAUCCUCACAGUGGUCCAUCUGAAUAUUCAACUCCACACUCCUAUGUAUGUUUUUAUCAGUGCUCUUUCUUUCCUGGAGAUUUGGUAUACCACAGCCACAAUCCCAAAGAUGCUCUCUAGCCUGCUUAGUGAGAGAAGGAGCAUUUCCUUCAAUGGUUGUCUCUUGCAGAUGUAUUUCUUCCAUUCUACUGGCAUCAGUGAGGUGUGUCUCUUGACAGCUAUGGCCUUUGACCGCUACCUGGCUAUCUGCAGCCCUCUUCAUUAUCCCACUAUCAUGACCCCCAAGCUAUGUGCCCAACUGACUUUAAGUUGCUGUGUUUGUGGCUUUACCACACCCCUUCCUGAGAUUGUCUGGAUCUCUACACUGCCAUUUUGUGGUUCGAAUCGCCUUGAGCAUAUCUUCUGUGACUUCCUCCCAGUGCUGCGCCUGGCCUGCACAGACACACGAGCCAUCGUCAUGAUUCAGGUAGUGGAUGUCAUCCAUGCAGUGGAGAUUAUUACAGCUGUGAUGCUCAUCUUCAUGUCCUACAUUGGUAUCGUGGCUGUAAUUUUACGGAUUCGUUCAGCUGGAGGCCGCCGCAAAGCAUUUUCCACGUGUGUCUCUUACCUCAUUGUCUUUUUGCUCUUCUUUGGCAGUGUGGCUCUCAUGUACCUGAGCUUCUCUGCCACCUACUCCUUGUUCUGGGAUACAGCCAUUGCUCUGGCCUUUGCAGUUUUGUCUCCCUUCUUCAACCCCAUUAUCUAUAGCCUGAGGAAUAAAGAAAUAAAAGACGCUCUAAAAAAGCACAUAGGUCAAGCUAAGACAUUUUUUUUUGGUAAGACCAGAGACGUCAAGUAAUAUAUCUUAGCUGAGAUUCUGUAUAGUUGCUCAUUCCUCUUCACCUUCAGCUAUCAACCGUCUGUCUUUUUCUAUCAGCCUUUUAUUGAAACUGGUUUCCCAACGCUCACCAAAAAAAAUUUUCGCUAAUAGCUAAAGUCAAUAGUUUCUCUUUAAUCUUUAUUCAACUAGACAUAUUUUUCAAUCUGACUUUUUUAAACUUUCUGCCACUCAAGUUAUUUAAAGUGAAUUGAUUUUGUUGAAAUGUUCUGCAUAAACAUUCACUUUAAUUUUAAAGCAAUCAAAAUAUUUGUCUGUAAGACAUGAUAAUUUUAAAAGUAUCCUUUAAAAAGACUAGGUUUUAUCCGUGGUGCCUCCAGCUUCUACAGUUGAAGAAUGACUCAAAUUUUUAAAUUGAUUAUCCAAGUAUUAAUCAGUAAACAAUUUAAGUUACUUAUUAAAUAAUCAGUUUUUCAUGAUAAAUAAAAAGCCCAGAUGUUGCAUUCACUGUGACCAAAUGCAUUGUACAUAUUAAUAAACAUAAAAAUUAUUUGUUGAAUGAAUAAACCAACAUACCACCAUGCUGCAUUCUGAUUUUCUAGACAAUUGAUCAAUUGUAUUAGGCAAUGGCUCUUUCAAGUGCUCUCCUUUGGCUUUUAGGAUUAUGAACUCUUUUUUAUCCUACCUCAUCGAUGCUUCUUUCUCUUGCUGAGUCUUCAUAUCAUACAUGCUUCAUAAAAAGUGAUUUUUUUCUCCAGGGCUCAUGAUUCAGUCAGAAUAGGAUAAAGCUUAUUACUGAGCAAAUGUUAAUAAAUUUUCACCCUUCUCUAGCCUGCCAAAACAAAUCCUAUAGCUGUCAGUGUGAAUUCCCCCGCUUUGUGCCGCAGCUCUUUCAUUACUUUUAACCCUAAAUCUCAUGACAUUUUAAAAUCAAACAGAAAGGCAAAAGUUAAGGAGAGAUCAUAUAAAAAGGGUUAAUGCUAUCAAAUAAAAGUCUGGGAUACAGAAGAGAAGAAUAAUCCGAGAAAAGCUGUUGAUCGUGGGUGCAGGGGUUUGGGUAAAAGAAAGGCUUCAGAGAAUACUUCUUAGUUUAAGAACAGGAGGACGAGGGAAAAAGAAAUGCAAGAAGUAUCACUG